UGUUGCAGCAUAAACAUUAUUGUUUAUUUUAUUUUCCCUUAUCAUUUUGUGUUAUUAUGUUGAAAAGCAGCAAUAUUGAUAGUGUCCUUAAUGAGCUGCCUGAACCGGCAGAAUCAAAUGUGGAUCUUGCAAGCACCCACUCCCCAAAGACAUCACCGAAAUUGAGCACCGAAACUACAACCUCCUCCAAGCACCAGGAUAUAGAUUGCAGCUUAGCCUCUUUGCAAUUGUCCGCUGGGGUUUUGCAAAUCGCUGAACCCCCGCUAGGUCAUGUGCGAGUCCAGCUUAGGGAGCUCAUUGGAAGGCAGAACAAGAUCUACAUUGACCUGUCCAAGGAGAAGUACAAGUUGGACUGCAGUGAAGUGGCCAAGCUAAAUGACAUGAUGAACGAUGUGAGGCGAUACAAAGAUAAGCUGAUAAAAAUCAAAAAGGAAAUGCAAAGCAUCUACCAGCGCACCAAAGACUUGAAGAAACGAGCCGCGAACGUGGCGACCUGCAAGCAGCGCGAUUACCAGCGGAAACUCGACAGGCAACACCACGAGGAGUCGCUCAUCGGCGGCCAGUAGUCGCAGCAGUGGAGCAGUGGAGGACUGCAUUUACAUUGGGAUUCCCGUUAACAACUAGCUAACAACUUAAUACAAACAAUAGUUGAACAAUAUAGUAAUAAUACAAUAAUAUUAUUUAA